AAAUGAUUCAAUUAUGAAUUUUCAUAAGUAUUAGAAUAACUUAGCAGAAAAUGUAAAUAGACAAGCGUCUUUUCAUCAUUAUAACAUCAGCAAGCUUACCGAUUCGUGAGUAAUAUACAGCCAAACUCUCCUCAAAGUGGAAUUACAUUUGCAUUUUGAAGUCUGGCAACCCUCUUCAUCGUUCGUUUUUAUGCCGACUUCCAAUAUUGUUCAAAGAGAAAAGAUGAGAGUAGCGUCGCUGUCAAUUCGCAGCUCGCAGUUAGCAGUGCGCAGUCCGGUAAAGUCAGGAAAAGGCGACAAACGUCAGUGACGGAAUAUUUGUACGUGUAAUUGCGCGCUUUAGAUUUAUCGUUUUCUUUGCUGCAAUUUGCAAUCUAUUUCUGAUUCGUGAAAUUGUAAAUACUACUUAAAAUUCAAUUAUCUAGCAACAGUCCAGAACUAAGGUAAAAGCUAGGUGAGGAGCAAUUUGACCGAGAGUUGAAGUUUGCAGUGCGUAAGUGGUGUGAGAAAAGGCGCCGAAAAGUGUCGUCUAAGCAGACAAUUUCUAUUGCAAAUAUAUAUAUAAAUACAUAUAUAAAGAUUUAAAACACGUGUCUACAUAUUUGCGAAAUUACAGUUUUUGCAAAGAGUGUGUUUGUGUGUGCCGAAAAAUAAGUUAUAUCAAAAUAAAAAAAAAGUGAAAAAGAGACAUCGUUGUAGCAGUUCGCACAAAAAUUUCAAACAUUUCGUUCCACAAAAAUGUCUGUACCCGUUGCAAUCAAGACAGAGGAAGUCAUUUUGGAGAGCACCGAAUACAACAGCGCAGAGGAAUUGGACGAGGAACUACAAUUACAAUUAGAAGAUUCCGGAGGUGAAUACAUUCAAUACCAGGCGGAGCCGCAACUGCCACAGCGUCAACGUCACUCUAGUUCCGGGAUGAAUACGAGCAGUGCAACAACAAAAAGUGGUAGUGGGGGCAUCACAGCAAGCAGCAACGUUACCAAUAACGGCGGCAGUAAAAAUCUUCUGGAGAGUGAGAAACGUAUGCGGCGCGAAAUCGCCAACAGCAACGAAAGACGACGAAUGCAGAGUAUCAAUGCCGGUUUUCAGAAUUUACGUUCGCUCCUACCGCGCCACGAAGGCGACAAGUUGAGUAAGGCAGCGAUUUUACAACAAACUUCCCAAUAUAUAUACGAACUAGAAAACCAGAAGACACAACUUUUGAACCAAAAUAGUCAAUUGAAGCGACAGCUUGGUUUACAUGAGUCGAAUACGGCGGGCGCGUCAUCUGGCGCCGGAGAAGUUUCAACCGCUGGCAGUAGUGAAACAUUGAACAGCGGUAACGUAGCCAUAAAGAAGCGCAAACUCACUGAUAACAUAAUCAACCUUCAGACGAUAAGUGACUCCUCCGAUGAAGGUUUGGGUUCAAUGUCACCAGAACCGACUACUCUUCUGAAUGCGGGUGGUGGUAAUGUUAAUGCAAAAAGUCAAGUGAUUAUUGCUCAUAAUGUUGCCAACUCCAAAGAACUAAGCGAAAUGAAAAAGCAACUGGAAAAAGAACGUCGAAUGCGCACCAUGUUAGAGGAAGAACUGCAAAUGAUAAAGCGGCAAUUAUAUUCAGUGGCUACAGCGCCUGCAGCUUCCACAUCCACAUACAUUCCACGUGAAGUUAUCGAGCACACAGACAAUUUAGUACGUGAAUCUAUGGAGGAACUGCCAUCUGGAGCCGUGUCGUACGUUGAAAUUGAUGAAAUGACCGGUCAACGACAGGUUGUUGUUUGUUCGAGUAUUGAAGAGUUGGAGAGCGAGGCUGCAGCUGCAGCAGCAGAAAUUAUCACUGAAGACAAUGUACAGGAAGAGGUUAUCCUUUCAUCCACAUCGUCCACCGAAUCUGAACAAGAAGUUAAUGCGAUUGCCAAGGCUUACGCUGAGGGUUCGUCACCGUCAGCAGCUGUCCUUCAGCCCAUACUUCAGGCUGCCAUCAAGGCAACACCGAAAGUAGAAGUGGAACGUAUACAGGAGAUAAUCAAAGUAAAAACAGAAAAAAUUGAUCAACCAAGUGGUUUAACACGUUCGCGGCAAAAUCUGGAAACUAUUGUCGAGGCAAUAAGACAUCUAGAAGGUGAUCAUUUAUUUGCUGACGGUAGUGAACAAAAGUUACAACAACAUCAGCAAAAUCAAAGAGCACAGGAAGCUCCUCUAGCGCUGACAACAAAAGUUCAAAGAGCCACUUUGGCAGAAUUGAGUCCUUACCUGCAAAUUAAAGGCAGUAAACAAGUAACUAUUGUGCAGCAACCAAAUCAACAGAAAGAUAGUGGUGGAAAUAUCAUGCCCACCGCCAUUUACAAAGUGCAAACAACGGCAGCGGGAGCGAGUAAUAUAGGCACAGGGCAAGGUGCUCAACAGGUAACAAUCACAACGACGGCAUUAAAGCAGGUCCGGCCAGGUGUCAUUGUUGCCAAGCAGCUGUCUUGAUUGCAUUCAACUGCAAAAGCGUCUCAGACCGCUAAUAUAAAAACUAAAGUUAUAGAAGUGAAUGGAAGUUCAGCUAACGCGUCACGAGAGGCAGGAGAUUUAGCAGUGUCCAAUACAGUAGCAACUGAUGGUUUCCUGAGGAAAAAUUUAUACAAAGAGAAAAGGUCACAAUUGGAAUCGUCGGCGAAGGUUGCCACCAAUCUAGUCACAAGACUAGUGGGGUUGAGCGUUAGACGAAAAUUAUCAAAUCAAAGGUCGAAAAUAGUUGCAAAUGAAAACUUGACCAACCCUUUAAAAAUAAAUCUAACAGUCGAUAAGAAAUUCGCCAGCAACAAAUAUAUCCAUAACACUGCUAAGAUAAUUUCACAUCCAUCAAAACAGGAAUCUUUAGAAAAAUGUACAAAGACUGCUCAUAAUACCAAAUUUGCCAUUGCACCAACAAAGGCAACCAAUAAACUCUCCACUAUUCAUGUUUUGCCAACAGCUGGUCCAGCGGCAAAAUCUGGAAAAUGUAUUCGCUAUUUAACCUCUUCAAAUGGAAACUCUGCUGCUGUCAAUGUAAAAGCAACUGCAACUACUCCUACACUAAUUACAAAUGCUACUAAUACUACUACAACUACUACUUUAAAUAUAAAAUAGUAAUAGAAUAAUAAUUGUAAUAGUAAUAUUAGUUCUUGUAAUAUUUUACUUAAGGUGGUGAAACGUCAGCAAGCAAAAUCUUAUUGUUACCAAAAAUUGCUAAUGGUAAUAAAUACUAAAAAAAUUACAUCAAAUCAUAAAUAAUAUACGAGUAAAUGCAUAUGCAAGAACAAAUACCUACCCAAAAUCUAACAAAGAUACAGGGAAUAAAAGAAAUUGAUUAGUCGUUCGCGCGAAACGUUUUAUUAGUCAAUAAACAUAAAUAUAUAUUAUAAAGAACAAUAUUAAAGAAGGAUAUAUUAAUAAUUAUAAGCAUAUGUAUGUAUAUAAUUAUAUAACUACAUACAUAGUACUAUUAGAACGAAAUGCAAAAUAUUAGUUUAUUGUGUUUGAAUUUAAACCAAACUUAAAUUAUACUUCGCUUAGCUAUGUAUAGUCACGAUUUGCUAAUAAUUUCCUAAUAACAUUCGAACCAAAUUUUAACAUGAAUGCCAUCGUAAUUUCUUUCUGAAACGCACCAAUUGCAUCAUUUCAAUGCUUGCAACUAGUUUACGUCUUUUCAUGCAUUCAUUAUGUCAACAAAAUUCGUCUGCCAGAUUCAGAUUUUUUUUUUUAUGUAGUUUAUGCAAAUAGACUUUCAAUGUUUCACGAGCACAUACGUAAAUGUAUAUAUUUGUUUUAAGUGAAUAAAUCAGCAAAUUUAAGACUAUUAUAAAUGAAGGUUGUUUCGCAGAAGUUAAACUAAGUUUAAUCUCAUAUUAUGAUAGCCGUAUUAGAAAUUUGUUAGAUGUCAUAUAAUUUUGUAAGCUUAUUUAGCGUAAAAAUAAACUCAGAAAAUAUGUCUUAGAAAAAUUUGUAUUUAGAUAAAUUAUUACAUCAACAUUUCAAAAAUUUAUAACGUUAUGUAAUAUGUAUUCCGAAAUUUAAGAAACUGAUCGAAAAAUUAGAAGAAAAAAAAACGUAUUACAUAAUGCUUUUUAAAAAUAAACAAUGAGUUAAAAUGAAACACCUUUCUAGUUCAAUUUUGGUGAUGGCUUCAGGCUUACAUAUCAGUGCUUUGCAUUGUAAUUCAAGUAAAUUAUCUGGAAUUCUCUUGAUUUCGUAUACAAUGGCAUUGUAUAUGAAAAAUAAUGGAAAUAAAAAUUAAAUAUGUAUGCUGAUUUGAAUUAAAUUUAAAAUCUUCGUUGCAUUGUGACGCAGCCUUUAGAAAGUCUCUUUGUGUCAACUACAAACCACUGGCUACUACAUUAUUUAAAAGUACAGACCAAAUCUAUCCAUUUUGACUAUAUUUGUACUAUAUCUUACAUUAUACAAGCAAUAAACAAUAAUGACUAAAUACAAAAAAUAUCAAAGUACAAAAAAUAGCUACAUAUGUAUACACAAUGAAUAGCAUUUGCAUUCACGAUACGUUAAAUAGACAGUUUUGUUCAAAAAACCAUUUAUUUAAAUUAUAUUGAAAGUAUAAAGGCCACAACUGAUCAUUUUAUAACCCUAUAGUGGGUGUACACAUGAAAAAAUAUGCUAUUAAUUUUAUGAUAAAAAAUCUUAUUUUAUUAGUAAGCGCUCAGUACCAUCGCAUUAGUUAAGUUACCGCAUGUGUGUAUCCGCUUCAGUCUAGUACCCAGCGUAUGAAGUUUACAAAUAGUUAUUGUAAAAUCUUUUGACAAAAGAAAUUUCGUCGAUAAUGGUAAUUAUUUAAUUGUUAGUUACCCUAGCAUGCAUCCUUGCUUCACCUGUCAUGGUUUAACCAUUCAAAAUGUUCUUUUAAAAUACAAAUAUGCAUUCAUUAUCAGAAGAUACAAAAUUGUAACUAAUAUAUGUACAUAAAUAUGUUGAACAUUGCUAAGUGUGAAAGGAUACGUAGAGAGAAAUGUUAUAUAUGCCUUUAAAUUUAAGUUAAUUGAUUUUCGUAUAUCUUUAUGUUUUGUUGACUGUUUGUAUAAAAAUAAUUAUCAAAAUUUAAAAGCAAACUUUAAAGUAAUGUAUGUAUGAAUAUAUAUUUCUUCUUAAACAAAAAGGAGUAUAUACAUACAUACAUAAAUAUUCUAUAGGGGUUAUGUAAGAUUUAUGUGUAUAAUUUUAUGCUAAUUUUUUAGCUUGAAGCGAAAGUAUGAAAAAUAAAUGAAUUAUUUUAUUUUCUUCACACAUAUAUUUUUUAUCCAUUUUGUGUGCCUACAAAACCAAGAGAACCUUAUUUCAAUUUUAUUUAAGGAAUUAAAUAAAUACUUUUUGAAAAUUAUUUGUUGUUUGAUUAUUAUUUUAUGUUUUUUGCAAGAAAGUUGUCAUAUUUCUGCAUAAUUUCCACUUUAGUCAAUUUUUUAAUCAUUUCAUAUAUAAGAUUAUGAGUAUCUGUUAACAAACACACGCAUGUAAAAGCUCAUUCGGCAACUAUAUAACUAACUGAAUACAUAUACAUAGAUACAAGGUAUAUAAAGAGAAACGUUCGAAAAUAUAGCAUAAUAAACACCUAAUUCUGUUUUUAAACGGUAGAAUGGUUCCAGAAAAAGCCGAAUAAAAAGCGACAUGUUAAAAAUAGAGGAAAAAUAGGGAUUUUUUAGGAACAAGUAUUAAUUUUUAUUUUAUAAAAUCAUAUAUAUAUUAUAUAAUGUGUAUUUACAUAAGCAUAGUUGUACUAGUUAGUAAUGAUAGUUCACAAAAUAAUAACACAUUUCAAAUUUGCUUGUAUGCACAAAAAGUGAACUCCCCUCAAUUUAUGCUAUUUACAAUUGCUCGGACCAGUAAAAUUACUUGUACAAGUAUAUACAAAAAGGGAAUUCCUCUAAAUUUGUGAUAUGAACAUAAGUAUGUCGCAAAAAUUAAAUCUGACAAAUAAAAUUUAAGCCCAAAUUAUUUUGGAUCGUGUUAAACGGAAUAAAAUCGUGUAAAAAAAUAAAAAAAUUAAUUUAUUUUCAAACCGUGUAAAAACAGAAUUAGGUAUAUGUAUUUCGAAAUAUUGCAUUACUUUACUUUACUUUUUCAAAAGCCGAAAUAAGAGACUAAAGUCAAUUUAUAUAAAAAACGAUAUUAUGAUUAUUUUUGUAAAGGUAAAUUAGUUUAAUUCGUUCCCAUUCACAUACAUAAGUAUGUACAUACAUAGCUAACAAUUGACAUCUGAUGAUGGUAAAGGGGAAACACAUUUUUAUAUAUUUGUGAAAAUCAUAAAGUGUUCGGUCGUGUUAGGGCAGCCUAAUCGAAUAAAAUUAUAACUAAAAUAUCUAUAUACUUACAUACAUACAUACGCCCAAACAUAGCCCGCUUCAAAGUGCAUACAUAUGUAAAUACAUAUAUAUUUGCAUAUUAAGCUAUAUAAUCAAUCGCAGCAGCAAAUACAA